AUGUACAGCUUCAUGGCAGGGGGGCUUUUCUGUGCCUCGGUGGGGAACAUCCUGCUGGUGGUUUGCACGGCCACUGACUACUGGGUGCAGUACCGGAUCCAGGGGGCCCUGGCCCACCAGGGCCUCUGGCGCUACUGUCUGGCGGGCAAGUGCUACAUGCAGAUGGAGAACAUAGCCUACUGGAACGCCACCCGGGCCUUCAUGAUCCUCUCUGCCCUAUCGUGCUUCGCUGGCAUCAUCACGGGGAUCUUGUCCUUCGCCCACCGAUCCACCUUCGAGAAAUUCAACCGGUCGUUUGCUGCCGGGAUAAUGUUCUUUGUCUCCACGCUCUUCGUCCUGCUGGCCAUGGCUGUCUACACCGGAGUCACCGUCAACUUCCUGGGCAAGCGGUUCGGGGACUGGCGCUUCUCCUGGUCUUACAUCCUGAGCUGGGUCGCUCUGCUCAUGACCUUCUUCGCAGGGAUAUUUUACAUGUGCGCGUAUCGGAUGCACGGAUGCCAGCGCGUGGCUGAGACACGUUAA